AUAUGGAGGCAGACGCCAUCUACUGGAGAUUGUUGAGGCUCCAGAGGCUGGGCUGAUAUCUCACGAGGGCAGAGGUCACUUAGCGAGGUAUGUAAGAGCUAAAUUAUGUUAGCUCAAUUUGCUAGCUAACUUGCCAUGGCUACACGCUGGGGAAUAUGCAGUGCAGGAAAAAUAAGUCAUGACUUCACGGUGGCUUUACGGACCCUGGCUCCCGAAAACCACAAGAUAGUGGCUGUUGCAGCGAGGGAUCUGAAACAUGCUGAAGAAUUCGCUAAAAAGCACAACAUCCCACGAGUAUAUGGGAGUUAUGAUGAGUUGGCAAAAGAUCCUGACAUUGAUGUGGUGUACAUCGGCACCAUCCAUCCUUACCACCUGGCUACUGGCAAGCUCUUUAUGAAGUCCAAAAAGAAUGUGCUGAUUGAGAAGCCUUUGGCCAUGAAUUUAAGGGAGGUGCAGGAACUCAUCAGUGCAGCCCAAGACAACAGUGUCUUUCUCAUGGAGGCAAUUUGGACACGUUUCUUUCCUGUAACCGUUGAACUCAGGAGACUGCUGGAGCAGGGUGAAGUGGGUGAUGUUCAGAUGGUGAGGGCUGAUCUGGGGGCUCCACUCACACACAUCCCACGCCUGGCUGAGAGGAAGUUGGGAGGGGGGGCACUGCUGGACCUGGGCAUCUACUGUCUGCAGUUUAUCUUCACGGUUUUCAACGGCGAGAGGCCUGAGUCCAUCCAAGCAACGGGGCAUUGUAUAGACACAGGUGUUGAUGGAACAGCAGUUUUGGUCCUAAAGUUCUCGGGAAACAGACUUGCAAUUUGCACGUGCUCAAUCACCAUGAUGCUGACCUGUGAUGCAGUUAUCACUGGAACCAAAGGCACCAUUAAGAUACCUGACCAUAUGUGGUGCCCCACAUCCUUGGAGGUGAAUGGAAAGGAGAUGCAGUUCCCCCUGCCAGAGGCCAGCAUGCCACUAAACUUCACCAACAGCACAGGACUACGAUAUGAAGCUGAGGAGGUCCGCCAAUGUUUGCUGAAAGGACUGAAGGAGAGUCCUGGGAUGCCGUGGGCUCACUCCAGCCUGAUAGCAGAAGUUUUAGAUGAGGCCCGGAGGCAGCUGGGAGUGACAUAUGAGCAGGACAACAUCCAGUGAUGUGUUUUCAGACUUGGUUAGCACACUUGUACCUCAAAAAGAAAAAAGGAACAAUUAGACUAAAACAUCCUAUCGAUUGUAUGCCUUCAUUGCCUUGUGAUGGUUCUUGAUGUUUUAUGUGUGUUUACAUUAACCUUACAGUGGCUUUCCCGUGAGGGGACAGUGUGAUGAUGGUUAGCCAGCAUGCACAAUAAUGUUGCAAAUGUAUUAUCUUUUCGAUUUACACACAGCAUCUAUUGCACGUCUGUCUGUCCUGGGAGAGGGAUCCCUCCUCUGUUGCUCUCCCUGAGGUUUCUCCCAUUUUUCCCUUUAAACUGUGGGUUUUCUCUGGAAGUUUUUCUUUGUACGAUGUGAGGGUCUAAGGACAGAGGGUGUCGUAUUGUCAUACUGAUAUUCUGUACAAACUGUGAAGUCCACUGAGAUACAUGUAACAUUUGUGAUAUUGGUCUAUAUAAAUAAACAUUGAUUGAUAAUGAAUUAUAGUAGGCUAAGCUUACACUAAAACCAAAGAAGACUAAUUAAGUUAAGCCAUCACUAUGCUGUUUUUUGUUCCCUCUGUGUUCAUCCUACUGUGACAUGUGUGAUAAUAAAAUAAUAGUUAAGCUUGUCAA